AUGAGCUGCGAGGUCAGUGCCCCGCGCCCUCCCUCCACCGCCCCCACCCUCCCGGCCGCCCUGGCUGGGCCUUAUCACCCGGCAGACACUCCUGGGGUUGCAUUGAGGCUGACAUGUCCGCACGGGUGGCCCCUCCUGCUGCUCUGGGGUCUCGCCCUGAACCCAGUGACCGAGGAGGCCAUAUUCUUCGACACAAGGCCAACCCUGUGGGCAGAGGUCGAAUCGCUGCUGGAACCCUGGGCCAACGUGACGCUGACAUGUCAGAGCCCCCUGUGGACCCUGGAGUUCCAGCUCCUCAAGGAUGGGGUGGCCCAGGAACUGGUGCACCUGGGUUCACCUGCCACCGAGUACAGGUUCCCGCUGGGAGCAGUGACCGGUGACACCCGGGGCCUCUACCGCUGCCGCUACAGCAUGGACAGUGGGAGGACCAGCCUGAGCAACCUCGUGGAGGUGACUGGAGCAGAGCCCCUGCCCCCACCCUUGCUCUCGACCAAGCCCGUGCCCUGGAUCACACGGGGCCUGAACACGACGCUGCUGUGCCUCGGGGGACUUCGCGGUGUGACCUUCCUGCUGAGGCGGGAAGGCGACGACCAGUUUCUGGAGGUGGCUGAGGCCCCAGAGGACACGCAGGCCACCUUCCCAGUCCACCGGGCUGGCAACUACAGCUGCAGCUACCGGACCCACGCAUCAGGCGCCCCCUCGGAGCCCAGUGCCACUGUGACCAUAGAGGAGCUGGCCACGCCGCCGCCACCCACGCUGACUCUGGAUAGCGGGUUCGCCGGGCUCCUGCGCCCCGGCUCGCGCACGACUCUCACCUGCGUGGCGCCCCUGAGCGGGGUGGACUUCCAGCUGCGGCGGGGCGAGGAGGUGCUGCAGGUACCCAUGGCCAGUACCAGCCCAGACCGCGUCUUCUUCCAGCUGAACACGCUGGCCCCGGGAGACGGCGGUGUCUACACGUGCCGCUACCGGCUGCGAGACGAGCUAGCGCCCUGGUCCUUGGACAGCGCGCCCGCCGAGCUGGUGCUGAGCGAUGGGACGCUCCCGGCGCCGGAGCUGUCGGCCGAGCCCGCGACUCUGAGGCCCGAGCCGGGGACGCUGGUGCAGCUGCGGUGCCGGGCCCCCCGCGCCGGCGUGCGCUUCGCCCUGGUGCGCGAGGGCGCGGGCCAGCGCCGGGUGCACGGUCUCUUGAGCCCCGCGGGGACGGAGGCCCACUUUGAGCUGCGCGACGUCUCGGCGGUCGACUCGGCCAACUACAGCUGCGUCUACACGGACACGGCGCCGCCCUUGGCGGGCUCCGCGCCCAGCGCGCCCGUGGAGCUGCGCGUGGACGGACCCCUGCCCAGGCCGCGGCUCCGGCCCCUGUGGACGGGGGCCGUGACUCCGGGCCGCGACGCUGUCCUACGCUGCGAGGGCCACGUGCCCGACGUCUCCUUCCUGCUGCUACGGUCCGGCGAAGAGGAGCCCUCGGCGGUGGUCUGGACCACCCACCCCUCCGCGGACCUCGUGCUGACCUACGUGGGGCCCCAACACGCCGGCAACUACAGCUGCGGCUACCGCUCCAACUGGCCCCACUCCCUGCUGUCCCAGCUCAGCGACCCGGUGGAGCUCCAAGUGGCAGGAGGCUGAUCCAGCUGCAGACCCAGGCUGCUGAUGGUACCCUUGGGAAGUCCUUUCUCCAGUCUGGCUCUGAUCCCUCUUCCUGCAGCUGGAAGCUGGACUUGCCCUGGGGGAGAGGGCAGGGACGGCUCUCCC